ACACUACUAUGAUUACUAAACAGAAACCCCCACUCCCCCCAAACAGGAAAAAAAAAAAGGAAACUUGUAAAUUUGAUCUAUACUUGUAGAUAUUUUUGAAUAUUCAAAAUCAGGGGAAAUUUUUGCAGUGGCUCUGCUAAAUUUUCUCGGCUAAUUUGUAAAGCUUUAAGGGUGGCACCAUAAUUGAGUUGUAGACGGAAAAGCAGAGUUGGAAGGUCAUUAAGGAAGUGUGAAAAAAAAAUUCAUGACAUUGGACAACAAUGGCAAAUAAAAGUUCAGGGGACAAUAGGACUAGGACUUCUGUGUCGAUCUUUAUAGUAACUGGUUUAUGUUGCUUCUUCUAUUUGCUUGGAGCAUGGCAAAGAAGUGGCUUUGGGAAGGGAGAUAGUAUAGCUCUGGCGGUCACCAAGACUGCUGGUGAGAACUGCAAUAUCCUACCGAAUCUCAAUUUUGAGACUCGUCAUGGUGGCCAAGCGGGUAGCAUUGAUGAUUCGGGAACAGAAGUCAAAAAAUUUAAGCCAUGUCAUCCUCGUUACACCGAUUAUACACCGUGUCAAGAUCAAAAGCGUGCUAUGCACUUCCCAAGGGAAAAUAUGAUCUAUCGGGAAAGGCAUUGUCCACCUCAAGAAAAGAAGUUGCAUUGCCUCAUUCCAGCACCUAAGGGGUAUGUUACCCCAUUUCCGUGGCCAAAAAGUCGGGAUUAUGUUCCAUAUGCCAAUGCUCCAUAUAAGAGCUUGACCGUUGAGAAGGCCAUUCAAAAUUGGGUUCAGUAUGAAGGUAAUGUGUUUAGAUUUCCUGGAGGAGGGACACAGUUUCCUCAAGGAGCAGAUAAGUAUAUUGAUCAGCUUGCUUCAGUAAUCCCGAUUCAAAAUGGAACUGUUCGGACUGCUCUGGACACUGGUUGUGGGGUUGCAAGUUGGGGUGCUUAUCUUUGGAAAAGGAAUGUCAUAGCAAUGUCAUUUGCCCCCAGAGACUCACAUGAAGCUCAGGUUCAGUUCGCUCUUGAAAGGGGUGUGCCCGCUGUUAUUGGCGUACUAGGAACAGUCAAAAUGCCAUAUCCAUCUAAGGCGUUUGAUAUGGCUCAUUGUUCUCGUUGUCUAAUCCCAUGGGGAGCUGCUGAUGGAAUCCUCAUGAUGGAAGUUGAUAGAGUUCUUAGACCUGGCGGUUAUUGGGUGCUUUCCGGUCCUCCUAUCAAUUGGAAGACUAAUUACAAGGCCUGGCAACGACCCAAGGAGGAACUUCAGGAAGAACAAAGGAAGAUUGAAGAUAUUGCUAAACGUCUUUGCUGGGAGAAGAAAUCUGAGAAGGGAGAGACUGCAAUUUGGCAGAAAAGGAUGGAUGCUGACUCAUGCCGUUCAGAACAAGAAGAUUCUGCAGCUACAUUUUGUAAAUCUGCAGAUCCAGAUGAUGUCUGGUACAAGAAAAUGGAAGGAUGCAUAACACCAAGCAAAGUUAAUGGUGAUGGCGAGGGUCUAAAGCCAUUUCCUGAGAGACUUUUUGCUGUUCCCCCAAGAAUUGCCAAUGGACUAGUUUCUGGAGUUUCCGUUGAGGCAUAUCUGGAAGACAACAAGAAAUGGAAGAAGCAUGUAAGUGCUUAUACAAAAAUUAACAAACUCAUUGAUACAGGAAGGUACCGUAAUAUCAUGGAUAUGAAUGCUGGACUUGGAGGUUUUGCUGCAGCUCUUCAUUCUCCCAAAAUGUGGGUGAUGAAUGUUAUGCCGACAAUAGCCGAGAAAAAUACCUUGGGAGUUAUAUAUGAACGAGGGCUUAUCGGAAUUUAUCAUGACUGGUGUGAAGCAUUCUCUACGUAUCCAAGGACUUACGAUCUCAUUCAUGCUCAUGGUCUUUUCAGUUUAUACAAGGAUAAGUGCGACUUUGAAGACAUUCUCUUAGAGAUGGACCGUAUUUUGCGGCCAGAAGGCGCUGUUAUUAUGAGGGACGAUGUAGACGUGCUAAUUAAGGUGAAGAAGAUAAUAGGAGGUAUGAGAUGGGACUUUAAAUUGAUGGAUCAUGAAGACGCCCCCCUUGUUCCCGAGAAAAUACUUGUAGCAGUCAAAAAAUAUUGGACCGUUGGUGAUAAUAAUACCACAUUCACACGAUAAGAUGCUCGCGAAGAUGGUGGUCUGAUCAAUGUAUUUGCAAUGGAUUCCGAGAAACAUAAAGUUCAGUUAUCAAUGGUAUUUGGUGGCUAAGGAAUUUUUGGUCGAGGAGGUACUCUCCUUAAUGUAUGUGUUUAACUUUCUAUUGAUGGAUUCAUAAAUAUGAACACACUUGCAUUCAUUUAUUCUCACUAGUUGAUGAGUCCUGAAUCUUCUGAUGUAUUCUUAGGAGCAUUUUCUUCCUUCAAAAACAGAUGUUGUAAUGUGUUCAAUACAUUUUUGUAUGAGAUAUGUUGAUAUUAAUCUGCUUUACUUCAUUGGAACAAAA